GUCACAAACAAAUAUUUCACACACUUUACAAAUUUGUCUUUUGUAGCUUUUAAAUUAAAUUAUCUUUUAUUAUUUGAGUGCAUUUAAUUUCUAGGAAAUUGUUAAAAUGACUACAAGCAUUUUCAUUCGACUCAACCCUCUCUCUACCAUUCCCGAUCUUCCACAUUCAUUCAGAGCCAAGCAAAGCAAAGUGAUGGCUGGGCACGUGGCACAUGUUGUGUACAAGGGUCCAAGUGUGGUGAAGGAAAUUAUCAUUGGGAUUAGCCUCGGGCUUGUUGCGGGAGGCUUCUGGAAAAUGCACCACUGGAACACUCAGAGGAGAACAAAAGAGUUCUAUGACAUGCUUGAGAAGGGUCAGAUAAGUGUUGUCCACGAUGAGGAAUAGAUGCUAAUGUGACCUAAAAAGAAUUCUGAACAUCGUUUUGUUUACUAUUAUGCGACGAAUGUAUGCAUGAAAAGCAAACUACUAUAUAAAAGACUAAAUGUUUAUUGGUAUAUUGCAUUGUAUUAAUGGGGCAGGGAACCCUUUAGCCAUUCUUCUUUGCAGAAUAAUUCUUGAAAACUUUUUGUUGGAUUGAGCUUGAGGGAAGAUAAUGUUGUUUUGGAAUUAUCGACUAUCUUGUUGUAAUGCAUGCUUGUUUUUUU